AUGGAGUGCCCAAGGUGGAGGCCGCCGCCUCCAGCCCCAUCCCAGGAGCCGGCCUCAGCAGGUGGAGCACAGGGAAAGGACUGGGCAUUCGUCCACACUGACAUCUUUGCCAGGACGCAGAUAGACCCCAACGCCUUGGUGCAGAGGCUGGAGCUGGACCAGAGGAGUGUGGCAUCACUCAAGAGAGGUGCAGAACCAAAGGUCAUCUUACCCGAGAAAGAGAAAUUGAGGCUACAGCGUGAGCAGUGGUUACAGAAAAUUGAAGCCAUUAAGCUGGCUGAGCAGAAGCUCAGGGAAGAGCAGAAGCACAGGGCCACAGUGGUGGUGGGGGACCUGCACCUUCUGAGGGAUGUCCUGCCUGAGUUGCAGGAGCUGGAGGCUGGGAGCCAGUGGCAGACCAGGGGCAAGGUAGCCAGGAAGCCAAGGCCAGUGGAGCUCAAUCGGAUGAGCACAGCCCAGAAACAGCAGCUCCUUGAGGAAGAAAGGACUCGGUUUUGGGAGCUGCUGGCCAGCCCAGCCUACAGGGCCAGUCCCCUGCUUGCUAUUGAGCAGCAGCUGGCCCAGCAGAUGCAAAUGGAAGGUGGUGGACAGCUCUGA